GAAAGACAAUUUUUGUCCUGAAUUGCUUGCUUCGAGUUUUGUCCCUACGUGGUACCCGUAUCAACUUGGUUAAUCCAAGAUGGCGACCGCCACGGUUGGAAACGAAAUUAUUGACAGUGACCUUCCCACUGCCGUGCUUCUACUCAACAGUCUCACAGAACAGGUUGCUUCAAUAACAAGUCAUGUCCAGGACCUGAUAAAGAAAGUCCGAGAGAAAGCUUAUCAGACUUCUAAGGGUUUGUCUUUUCUGGACUUGAGAUAUCAUAUGUUACUAUUUUACUUGCAAGACAUCACUCAUUUAAUCAGUUUAAAGACAGAGGGAGAAAGUCUGAAAGACAACAGCGCCAUCCACAGGCUGGUCACCAUAAGGACGGUUUUGGAGAAGAUGCGUCCCCUAGAUCAAAAGCUCAAAUAUCAGAUUGAUAAAUUAGUGCGGACUGCAGUGACAGGCAGCCUCUCUGAAAAUGACCCUCUACACUUUCGCCCUAAUCCUCAGAAUAUGGUUAGCAAGCUCAGUGAAUCUGAGAAUUCAGAUGAUGAGGGUGAAGAAGGAAAAACAAAAGAGCCUUCAGGCAGCAGGAGAUACGUACCUCCUCGAAUUGCUCCAAUGCAUUAUGAUGGGGACAUGACGGAAACAGACCGGGAGAAGGAGCGCGUUAAUAAACAGAAGCGAGCGGCACUCCGCAGCUCUGUGAUCCAGGAGCUCCGGCAGCAAUACAGCGACGCUCCGGAGGAGAUCAGUGACCGCAGAGACUUCCAGACUGAACGGCAAAGCCGAGAGGAGCAGUACAGGAAAAACUAUGAGGAGUCCAUGAUGGUCCGUCUCAGUAUGACACGCGAGCAGAAGCUCAGAAAGAGAGGAAUGAUGGGAAUGGCAUCACAGCUGAGUAACAUCACACGGUUCGGUGACAUCACUGUUCUGACAGGGGGAGAAGCACAGGAUAUUGAUCAUCCAAAACCCAAGAAAAAGAAGAAAAUGGUUAAGAAAAGUAAAAAAAAGAAAAUUUUCAAGAAGCACAAGUAAACCUAUGAUGCAAAGGAGAACAAGUCUAAGAGAAAUUUCAACAAAAUUGUUUUUUCCAGGAUUAUAAAUAAAUCUUUGCCUGGGACAGUUUGUUUUCCUUCCAUGAACAAAAUGGUGUAUUGGGUAACACUUUACAAUAAGGUUCAUUAGUUAACAUGAACUAAUAAUGAACUGCACUUCUACAGCAUUUAUUAAUCUUUGUUAAUGUUAAUUUUAACAUUUACUAAUACAUUAUUAAAAUCUUGUUAACAUUAAUGUGCUGUGAACAAGAACAAACAAUGAACAACUGUAUUUUCAUUUACGUUAACGAUGUUUAGUAAAUACAGUAACAAAUGUAUUGCUCAUGAUUAGUUCAUGUUAGUUGUUUAACUAACCUUAUUGUAAAGUGUUGCAGUGUAUUGAGAUAUGUGUGGAGCUUAUGAUGUAAUUUUUGUUAAUGCAAAUUGUUGGUCUCAGUAUCAAUCGGAUUACCGUGUUUAGCAUAACCGAGUGUAUUUAGUUGUAAGACAUUCUUGUAAAAGUGGUGGAUAUGUUUACAAUAAUUUCAUAUUCAAUUAAAUAUAUUUCAAUUAUUGUGUUGAUUGGAAAAACAUGUCCAAUUCUUGACAAUGUUGCAGUAAAUGACUUUUUGUCCCAUCCAAAUCGCAGGAUUAUAUUAAAUGUGACUAAGUCAAUCUGCUGAAAAGUCA